UCGACAAUGCUCACGUAUCUACGUUUAUCGCAGCAACUCCAUCGUUUCAUAUGAGAGAGUUCUAAAGGUCUCCGGGAGGCAUGAGUGAAUCAGCUAACAUUGCCAUAAGCACAGUACUCUUCACACUAAUUAUCGUAGACGUCGCGGGAAAUUAUAUUGUCUGCUUGAUCAUAAAGAGAAACCGAGACAUGAGAAAUAUCGUAAAUUAUCUACUCGUGAACUUGGCAGUUGGAGACAUAAUAUUCGCCAUAUUUAUUGCCCCCGCGGUUCUUCUCAGACUAAUUACUUCCUUCCACCCAGAAGGCAUGACUGCUACAGGUCUGUGCAAAUUUGUGACAGGCGGCAAUGUUGCGUGGAUUGGAGCGGUUUCCUCCAUUUUCAGUCUGGUUGCAAUUGCUAUUGAGCGGUAUUACGCUGUGAUGCAUCCCUUUAGUAACAGGAGAAAUUUUACUAAGCUUAAGUUCAAGUUUCAGGUGAUCGUCCUGGUUUCUUGGAUCUUCUCAGUUGCAUUCAGUAUUCCCAUGUUUCUCACUGCAACCUUCGACGACAAAAAGCAGUUCUGCGUAUGGAAUUGGCCACAGAAGUGGAUGUCAAAGGCUUACAGUGUGGCUUGGUUGCUUGUGGUUGUCCUUCCUCUGAUUGUCAUGGCCGGGUUAUACUCCCGUGUUGCAAGAACUUUAUGGUUUAAGCACCACAGCAUUCACCUUUCUCGUGAACAGCGGGGUGUUAUCCGAGUGCGGAAACGUGUCACUUUAAUGGUCAUGUCUGUCACUGCCAUUUUUGGGAUCUGCUAUGGAUUCAUGUCAGUUAUUUACGUUUUAAGGAAAUUUACAUCCUACAACAUUAGCCCUGUCGUAGUCUCCGUUUCUUUCAUAAUGGUGUUGUGCAACUCUGCUGUCAAUCCGUUUGUGUAUGCAUUGUUAAACAGUCAGUUCAGAGAGAAGACUAAAGAAAUGAUGUGCUUCUCCGACUGCUCAGGAAGCAAGGUCGAGGAGACCACAGAGUUUGCGUCUUUGGCAUGAUAGAGUUAUGGAGAUAUAGAGUUUAUCAUCUCCCUUUUCUUAACUUGUUUCUUUCCAGGACCCUUGGAACAAUCCUUUUGCAACGGCUUUUGAGAUCACUCAUGUAGAACUCAAGUUCCCUGUCAACUUUAUAGCGUUCUGGCUUGAAUAUUUAGUCUUCAACUGAAAUAAUACCGUCACUUGAGUACUUGUUUUUCGUUUAAUUAUUGUUUUAAGCCAAUUUUGAAAUGGCAUAAAGGUUGAAUUAUGCGUUA